UUAGACACUGUUGCCGGAACGACUUGAUACGACUCAGAAUGACCCCAAGUCUCUGUCAUUUGGAUGUUUGAAAUUGAUCAAUGGCGGGUGUUUCUAUUGAUGAUGAAGAGAAAGUGAAGACAUUUAUUUGUAAACAGUGCGACUUUUCAUCGAACUUCCAAUACUUUGGGUCAAAGCCACCGUUUCUGAAAUCUAUUUUAUUACUGGAAGAAGCCUAUAUAAAGAAGGACCCUUUUUCUUCUGAUUGUGGAAUUAUCACACUUGGCUCUCACUGUCACCAUUGUAAGCUGUCUGUCUGUUGCUCAACGAGUUGUAGCAUAUUUUACACAAAAAGAUUCUGCCUUGAUUGUGUUGAGAAGAACAUAAACGAGCUUCCCAUGGAAAUCCGACAGCUUGGCACAGUGAAAGGAAAUUUUACGUAAACAUCAAACUGACUGAGAUGUGACUGGAACCUUUGAAAUGGUGAUUUCUGCAGAUUCAUCAUCGGCUAAUUUGGGAUUCAAACUACCGUUAAUGGGCAGAGCAGGGAUUUGGGGAAAGAAAAGAUGAGAGGAAUUGAAGGGGCCGGGCCGUUUUAACAUUGAAAGCUUUGAAUUUGGUAUUGUGGAUGAGGAUCAGCUAGAUUUACUGGAAGAACAGUUCAAUGAAUGUAGAAUGUAACUUUUACAUCAUUAAAAUAUUUAAGUUCUAAUUUAA